AUGCCUCGCUGCAGAAAACAGCGCUCUCAAGCCCAGGCAGCCCACCUUGAUCGAGCGCGAGAGUUGCGGUGGCUGCGCCUCGAUUCCAACAAGAAGAACAACAUUAUUUCAUUCUAUAAUGCCUUGAGUCAGGCUGGAGUUCAAACACGCAGGGCUGCUCACUCACAUGCAAUCAAAGACCUUGAAGUUAAGUUGUCGAAGGCCAACUGCAACUUUGAUCUUGCUAGAAAGGCUCUCACACAAAGAAAUUCCUGCAUUAGACGUCAGAAUGCUGAGCUGGCAAGCAAGAAGGCCUUGCUUGCAGCCAGAAGUGCGGAGGCCAUGGAAAUGAAGAGUACAUUACAAGCACUGGAGCGGAGUGCGAGUGCAGCAGUUGAAGAUCUUUAUGAUGCACAUUUGAGAGUGCAGCGGCUGCACGUCCUCCUUUGA